CCGAAAUACAUAAGAUUAUCAAAAAAAAAUUUAUUGAAGAUCAGUUACACAAAUUGGUAAAUCAAAAACCACAUAUUUGUUUUCAAAGCUUUCAACCCGGCUUUGAAUAAUAAAAUAUGUCUGACACAAGUGCUAACUCUAACUUGGACCAAAGGACUAUCGAAGAAAAUGAUGAGUUAGACAGUAAUAGACGUAAAAGUCUUGCUGCUUUAGCUACAGCACAUCAUCAUGUUGGUGCGCAUUUAAAGUGUAUCAGACCUACUGAAGAUAUUUUUAAUCCUGAAGAUCCUAAAAUACGUGAGGAUAUAGUUCGUAUGAUAAUUCAAUAUCUUUCGGACGAAGGAUAUACUGCAUCAAAAAUGACUGUUUAUGAUGAGGCGAAUGUAAAAUGGCACGAGAGAGAAGAACGCAUUGUUGAAGUUAAGCGCUUGAAGAAAGCGAUCCUUGAUGGAGAUUGGGCAGAAGUUGAUAAACUGAGUGCUAAACCUUUGGUAAAAAAUCAUAAAAGUUUUUUGUAUGCUGUGUAUAAACAACAAUACCUUGAAUAUAUUGAACAUCAGGAGAUUCAAAAGGCUUUCACAUUUCUUAAUAGAAGAUUGAAACCUCUUGAGCAUCUUCAAACAACUUCCAAUGAAUUUAAAGACAUGUGUUAUUUGUUAACUGCAAAAGCUGUUCAUGAUGCACCUUCAUUCAAAAAUUGGGAAGGAAUUGGGCCAGCAAGAGAGAAAUUAGUCGAACAAUUCCAAAACAUGCUUAAUUUUGAAAAUACAGACAAGGAUGGUUCCGUAUAUGUACCGCCCAAUCGACUUCUCACGCUACUCCGGCAAGCCGUUGCUUACCAAAUAGAAUUCUCCCGGUAUCACCCACGUGUAUCUCCACGCGUGAAUACCUUAUUACAAGACUAUACCAGUUUUGUAAUACCAAAUGCAGUACGUGCAACAUUAACUGGACACCAUGGCAAUGUCAAAUGUGUAGAAUUUAUUGGUGAAGAAGGAAGAGAAAUUGUUAGUGGUUCAAGUGAUAAUACACUAAGAAUCUGGGAUACUGAAAAUUCGAAAGAAAUGGGAAUUUUGGAAGGUCAUGAAUCCCGAAUUUGGGACGUUUCAUCAAAUAAAAUUGGUACAAUGGUAUCAAGUGCCAGUGGUGAUGGAAGCAUUAAGCUGUGGGACACUAGUAAACAUGUUUGUGUAACUUCAUUUACUGAACACUCGAGUGACGUGUAUUCAGUUAGGUUUCAUCCCGGAGAUAAUCAUAUUGUAACGGGAGGUUAUGAUAAGAUUAUAAGACUUUACGAUGUUUCAGCUGGCCGAUUGGUAAAAACGUUUACUGGUCAUCAGUUAUCAGUAUCCAAAACCAUAUUCAAUCCAUUGGGUAAUUUGAUAGUUAGUGGCUCAAAGGAUAAUACAAUAAAAUUUUGGGACAUUGUAUCAGGUUUAUGUAUAAGAACAAUUUCUUCACAUUUGGGUGAAGUAACUUCUGUAGAAAUGAAUUCUAGUGGAACUUUAUUGUUAAGUAGUUCUAAAGAUAAUUCUAAUAGAUUAUGGGAUGUGAGAAUGACUCGUCCUAUAAGAAGGUUAAAAGGACAUCAAAAUACUUCGAAAAAUUUUAUUCGUGCUUGCUUUGUAAAUAAUUCUUUAAUAGCCGGAGGUUCAGAGGAUGGAAUCGUAUAUAUUUGGGAUCAAGAUACUGGUGAAGUUUUACAGAAGUUGAGGGGCCAUACAGGAAUGGUUUAUAGUGCUGUCUGGAAUCAAAAACAAAAUUUAUUUGUUAGUUGUAGUGAUGAUAAAACUUUAAAAACUUGGUGGUAUGAUGAAAAUAUUCCUUUAGAAUUAUAAAAGUACAAUCAUAGAAUUAUUUUUUCCUGUUUACUUUUUAUUGGAAUUUAGUAUAUCAUAUAUUACUUAUUAAAAAUACAUAUUUAUUACCAUUGAAAUACAUUUUUUCACAUUCGUAAUAAAAAUGCAAGUA